GGAUGAGGAGCUGCUGGGGCUCACUUUUUUCGCGUGUAGGGGAAGAAGUGUGCCAGUCGGUCCGUAGACCUCUCACAGCAAGGUGUCUCUCAGACCACAGUUACCGCCGUAGUACGCGGCAAGUUUGUCCUGAAGACACCCGUCCUGCCCCGCGUCCCUUGACCAAACUCCUCCCAUCCCUAGGUAAAACAAGCCGUUGUAGUUUUUCGGUCAUGGCGACGAGUGCGAAGCGUAAGCAGGAGGAGACUCAUCUGAAGAUGCUCCGGGAAAUGACUAGCCUGCCCGCGAAUAGGAAAUGCUUCGACUGCGACCAACGCGGCCCGACCUAUGUCAACAUGACAGUGGGCUCCUUCGUCUGUACCACCUGCUCCGGGAUCUUGCGAGGACUGAAUCCCCCACACAGAGUGAAGUCCAUCUCUAUGACCACAUUCACACAGCAGGAAAUCGAGUUCCUACAGAAACACAGCAACGAGGUCUGUAAACACAUCUGGUUGGGCCUCUAUGACGACAGAACAUCAGUCGUUCCAGAUUUCAGAGAACCGCAGAAAGUAAAAGAGUUCCUCCAGGAAAAAUAUGAAAAGAAGAGAUGGUAUGUUCCUCCUGACCAGGCAAGGGUAGUAGCAAAUGUUCAGGCUUCUGUGUCCGGCUCCUCAGCAAGCAGCACUGGCAGCACACCAGAAGUCCAACCCCUCAAAACCCUGCAGCUCAAUAAGACCCCUCUGCGCCAGUCUCCGGGGCUAGCUCGUUCCCAAGCUCAGAGCGCUGCUCAGGAGAAGAAAUUUGACUUGCUCUCAGACCUGGGUGACAUUUUUGCUGCUCCACCCACUCAAACUGCCACCCCUACCAACUUUGCCAACUUUGCACAUUUUCCAAACCAGUCAGCAGCACCUCAGGGUAAUUCAAAUACCAACUUUGCCAACUUUGACGCAUUUGGAAACACUGCAAUUCCAUCCCAUCAGAGCACAUCACCUCCCUCAAAGUCCUUUUCAUCAGGGGGAGGAGUGCCAAUUCCGUCAGUGUCUAGUGCUGCCACUGCCCAGUGUCAGACAGGGAGCCAAAGAGAGGACCGCUAUGCUGCUCUGGCUGAGUUAGACAACGAGCUCAGCUUCUCUGCCUCCACAAGCAGCAAUGUGCAAGGGAACAUAUUUGGACCAGCACUGGGUUCAUCGCCAGCUCAAAACCCGCCUGUGUUACCCAGUAUGCAACCUGGCUUUGGAGCCGUCCCAUCCACAAAUCCUUUCGUUGCUGGAGCCAUUCCUCCAGAAAUGGCCACCAACCCUUUCCAGACCAAUGGCAGAGCUCCAGCUGCAGCCUCGUUUGGUACUGGCUCUAUGAGCAUGCCUGCAGGCUUUGGGAAUGCGUCUUCCUACUGCCUCCCCACCAGUUUCAGCGGAAACUUCCAGCAGCAAUUCCCUGGUCAGGCCCCCAUCCCUUACUCUCAGCCAGGGGCCUAUCACCCUCAGUCUAAUGGCCCUGGAUACCCAGUCUACGGUCAGAACAAGCCCUCGAUCACACCAUUUGGGCAGCCCAUAGCUGUCCCUGGCAUGUCCAAUAACCCAUUUGUGGCAGGAGCACCAGCCGGGCCAUUCCCUUCAGGGGGUUCAUCCACCAACCCUUUCCUGUAGCACAGCUCCUGGUCCUCUCCACCAGAGGGCAGCAUGCAGCACAUAUUCAAGGCACCCGUUCAGUCACAAGUGGCAGUACAUUUCUAAAAAAGACUUACAUUUUUUUUUCUUUAUAAAAAAAGUUUACAACACUAUGAAGGACUGCAAAGGACUUUAUUGAAGACUAAGGGACUGUUAUGAGGGCAAAUGUACUGUUUGAUUAUAUACAUUAUAUGAUUUUAUUUUUUUGUUUAUAACUGUACGCUCUGUGCAUAUCACCAUUUGUAAUCACAAUUAAGUACAUGUAUAUGUAUAACAAGGACUGAAUUAACAAAGGUGAGUAUACAGACACCUUGUGGAAAAAAACAAAAAAAAACCCCACUACACACUAUCUAUGUAGGGUAAGGUAAGGGUAUACAUUUUAAGACUAUUAACAGGGUUCCAUUUAAGUCCAUGAUCUGUACUUGAUGCAGGUGCUUCUUUUUCAAAAGGGAUAUCUCUUUAUUCUAGCUUACUGCUACUAUACUGGCACUAAGGUGUUUCCUUUUAACAUGCAGAUCCAGAGUGCAGUCCGUAAGAAACAAAUGUUGCCUGUAUACCCAGAGCAGCAGCGUCUUUUUAAUUUAAAGUAACAUCUCACACAGGUUAAUGGGGCACAGCAGUGAUCCUACACUAUUAGUCAAAAGUAUGGCCUAAAUUUUAGUUUGAAACUAAGUGCAAGUCUUUAGUUAAUUGGGCCGGCAGACAACUCAAGAUGUUUACAGCUGAAAGGAUAAAAAGACAGGCAUGUCUGCUAGAGCACAAAAGGCCUUUAAUUAAGUACUUCUUGUUUCUGUUACUUUACCUAAUUGAUAAAAUAUUUAGUAUACUCUCGCAACCUCACUACCGCAGGUGGAAUAUGUCAGAGGAGAUGCUUCAGAUAUUAUAUUUUAGGAAUAUUGUAAAGAGAAAAAGAAAGACUGUUAAUGAAAGCUUUGGCGUGUGGGUGUGAUCCAGAAUGGUUACCUCAAAAAACAAAACAGAGUUGUUCACAUGAACAUAGAUGACUUGUCCUAUUGACAGGUUUACCAGAGCCUGCCUAGGCAAACAUAUACAAUAUAUAAAGUAAAAAAAAACAACCCUGUAAGCUAUUCAGCGCACUCCCUCAGUAUCUGUCCUCUUCUUUGCCUUGUUUUUUGAAAAGCUUUUGGAGAGAAGGACAGAAUAAGGAGAUUAAUAAGGAUAUAAGUGACCAAGUUUGCUUUGGAAUGAGGCAAAAGAAAAGAACAUUAAAUCAGGGACUACUACAUUACUGGAUCAUUACUGCGACUCUGGAGGGUCUCAGUUGUACUGCUUAUGACUAACAAUGAAUUUGACAAUGUGUUUCUUGUUUUUACAAGACUAGGUAAGUAUAUGUGUACAUAUAUAAAUAUAUGUAUAAAUAAAUU